AACUUCCUCCUCAAGCUGCAUUGACUUGGCAGUUGCUUAGUUGCUUGAUCUGUUCAAGCUGGUGGUAUGAGACUAAGUUUCAGGUAGAGGGUAACUUUUAGAUUUAGUUUGUAUUGUAAAUUGGCUGCUAAAUUUAGACGGCAUGCUAAACGGCAGUUGGAGUUUGUAGGUUGUUGCAUAACGUGAGAACAUGGCUGAAGCUCACCAGGCUGUUGCAUUUCAAUUCACUGUCACUUCAGAGGGCAUCGACCUCCAACUCAGUUAUAAUGCAUUGAAAGAAAUCUACCUCUCAGGUAUCAGGGCCUGGAAGAAGAAAUGUAACAGAAUCAAGAACAAUUUUAUGACUGGAGUUUAUCCAGCUAGCCCAUCCAGCUGGCUUUUUGUAGUGCUGACAGUAGUAGGUACAAUGUAUACAAGAAUUGAUCCCUCGAUGGGGAUGAUAGCUAAGCUUCGAGAACACCUCCCUUUAAGGCGAUAUGUGUCACAUCAUGGUCAAAGCCUGGUGAGUGCUCUGCUCUUUGCAACAGGGCUGUGGCUUUCACUGAUAUUUGUGAUGCGGCAGAUCCUCAAAGCCCUUCUCUCCUAUCAUGGCUGGAUGUUUGAAGAACAUGGCAAAGUGUCCACAACAACCAAAGUCUGGUUUACCCUAGUGAAGAUUUUCUCGGGUCGCAAACCAAUGUUAUACAGUUUCCAGACUUCUCUCCCACGUUUGCCUGUUCCAGCUGUGAAAGACACUCUGCGAAGGUUUUUGGAGUCUGUGAGGCCACUGAUGAAUGAAGAUGACUUUAGACGGACAAAGGCACUGGCUAAAGAUUUUGAAAGGAACCUGGCUCCUCGGCUCCAGUGGUAUCUCAUACUCAAAUCAUGGUGGGCUAGUAACUAUGUGAGUGACUGGUGGGAGCAGUAUGUUUACCUACAAGGGCGAGAGCCAAUCAUGGUCAACAGCAACUACUAUGCCAUGGAUUUCUUGUAUGUGACUCCAACCACCAGUCAGGUUGCCCGUGCUGGCAACCUAGUCCACGCUUUGCUUCUUUAUAGACGGAGACUUACUCGUGAGGAGUUGCAGCCGAGUACUCUGCCAGGGUUCCCUGUACCUCUGUGUUCAGCACAGUGGGAAAGAAUGUUCAACUCGACUCGACUGCCAGGCGAGGAGACAGACCAUUUGCAGCACCUCUUGGAUAGCAAGCACAUCGUGGUCUAUCACAAGGGCCGUUAUUUUAAAGUGGGGUUGUAUCAAGGUGGACGCCUUCUGAAUCCCUGUGAACUACAGAAACAAUUUCAAUAUAUCUUGGAUGAUUCUUCUUCACCUCAACCAGGUGAGAAGUACCUGGCUGCACUGACAGCAGGAAACCGAGUUCCUUGGGCUAAGGCACGGAAAUCAUACUUCAGCACUGGAAAGAACAGGAACUCGCUGGACUGUGUGGAGAAAGCAGCAUUCUUUGUCACUUUGGAUGAUACUAAACCUGAACUAUUUGUGGACAACCAGGUGAAGUCACUGGAUGAAUAUGCCAAGUCACUGCUACAUGGCAAGUGCUAUGACAGGUGGUUUGAUAAGUCAUUCACUUUCAUUGUGUUUGCAAACGGCAAAGUGGGGUUGAAUGCAGAACAUUCCUGGGCUGAUGCACCAAUUAUAGGACACUUGUGGGAGUAUGCCUUGGCCACAGACACCUUCCAACUUGGGUACAAAGACGAUGGUAACUGUAAAGGUGAUCCAGCCCCAAAUGUGUCGCCACCACAGAGAUUACAAUGGGACAUUCCAAGUGAGUGCCAAGGAGUAAUCAUGCAUUCACUAAAGGUGGCACAGAAACUGGCUGACGAUGUUGAUUUCUAUGCAUUCCCAUUUACUCGGUUUGGCAAAGGUAUGAUUAAGAAAUGCAGAACCAGUCCUGAUGCCUUCGUCCAAAUUGCUCUGCAGCUUGCCAACUACAGGGACAAAGGUUCAUUCUGUUUAACCUAUGAAUCUUCAAUGACUCGGCUGUAUCGUGAGGGGAGGACUGAAACUGUGCGUUCAUGUACUAUCGAGACUUGCAAUUUUGUGACAGCACUGGAAAGUAAAAAGCUUUCGAGGGACGAGUGCCUGAAUCUGUUCCGUAUUGCAGCCAAGAAUCACCAGCACAUCAGUAGGCUUGCUAUGUCUGGCUGUGGUGUUGAUCGGCAUCUCUUCUGCCUCUAUGUGGUGUCCAAGUACCUGGGAGUCAAUUCACCCUUCCUUCAAGAGGUGCUUUCAGAACCAUGGUGUCUUUCAACGAGUCAAACACCCAUCCAGCAGAUUGAACUAUUCGACCUUGUGAAUCAUCCAGAAUACAUCUCCAUUGGAGGUGGUUUUGGCCCAGUUGCAGAUGAUGGUUAUGGUGUUUCUUACAUAAUCGUUGGAGACCACCUCAUCAACUUUCACAUCUCCUGCAAAGUCUCCAGCCCCUUGACGGAUGCUCAUCGUUUCGGCAAAAACAUCUUCCAAGCAAUGUUAGACAUCAUGGCACUCUUCAAUUUGGAUGGGAAAAAGCCCUAAAUGUAGAAGCCCUAAAUUUACCUGACACAGCAAAAGGGAGAAAAACAAAACAAUGACGAUCUUGAACAUCUCGAAUUUUUGAGCGUCCAUCUUCUGAAGGACCUGGCGUGCGUAUGCACUGUUUUUUUGUGUCAACUUAAUUUAUUUGUUUGUGUCAUGGGGGCUAAUUUUUAAAUUAAAAGAACAAAAGGCAACAACAAUGCAAAAGAAAGGGACUUACGUUGGAUUUCUGGUGUGUGUAAGAGACUGGGCUUGAAUUUAAGUUAAAUUCUUUUUUUCCCACUUUAAAAAAACAGGCUUGUUAUUACCCUUCUACUUAUUUUGUGCUAACAUGCAGAGUUUGUGCUCAUUAGCCUGUACACCCCUCUGUCUUUAAACUCAGGAUACACAGUAACACUGCAAAGAGUUUUCCCUCAUUUAUCCUUGGGAUUGAAAGGGUCAGUAUCAGGGAGCAAUCAGUUGAGUAAGAUUCACUGGACCCAGUGUUGAAUGGCAAAUAAUUUUGCAACAGUGGAGCUUUACUGCAGGACCCACAUUGCAUAGGUGUGAGUGGGGCUGUGAAAAGUUUUAACACAAAAACUUGCUGCAGAUUUUUUGUGGAUUGGGGACACACAUGUUAUCACCUCGUCCUUCUUAGAUCAUUAUUGAGGAAGUAGUAUUUCAUUUGAUGGAGAGAUAGGAUUACUGUUCCAACUUUGUAUCUAGUUGAUCAGAUUUUUUAAUGUAUGGGUACCAAGCUUCCUAACCCUCUGGCUGUAGCUGAGGAUAUAUAUAUCCACUGUUGCUUAAUUUUAGAAACAGUAGUAGCUUUGAAAUAAAAACUUGUGUACCACUGAGAAGUUCAAUCCCUGUUGUUACUUGGAAAUAACUGCUCAUAGAUACUCACAUAAUAUAUAGUACAGCAGAGAGACAGGCACUUCAACCCUCCAUGUCUGUGCUGAUACUAAUUCUAUGUGCCUGCAACAUGUUCUGUAUGUCUCCAUUCCCUGCCUAUAUAGUGCCUUGUAAAAGUAUUCUGCCACAACCCUUUGUUCACAUAAAUGAGUCUUACAACUAGGGAUUUUGAUCAAUUUAACCUAAGUUUUACUUGUGAAUCACAUGCUCCUUUUUCACAGUAGAGCCCAAAAAACAGAAAAUUUUAAAGCAUGAAAAGCAAAAAAUUCAAAAACUGAAAUGUCAGCAGUUUAUAAGUUGUCAUCUCCCACUGCACAGUACUUAGUUGAACCACCUUUUGCAGCUAUUACAGUCCAUUAGCUUUGCACGAUGUAAUGGAGCAAGAUUUGCCCAUUCAUCCUUGCAGAAUUGUUCAAGCUGUGCCAGGCUAGCUGGGGAACAGUGGUGGACAGUAAUCUCAGAGGUCUUACCAGAGAAGUUCAAUAGGGUUAAGGUCAGGACUUCUUCCUUGCCAUUCCUCCAUAAAUACUGUUUUUGUGUAAGGCCUUAGAUUGUGGAGCUAUGAAUUCAUCUCCAGUAGCAGCCACUGACUGCUGCAGCUCACUCAGUGACUGAUGACGUCACAGUCAGCUCUCUUACAAGAGCCAUUAUUCUCUGGCGACAAAGUUUAGAGCAUUGACCUAGGCAGUGUGGCUGUAGUUUCAUAUUCUUUCCACACUUUCAUGAUACUCUGAGGUAUGUUCAGUACCUUUAAGAUGAUGUCAUACCUUUUCCCAGAUUUGUGCUUCUCCGUUAUCAUUUCCUUGAAUGGUCUUUUGUCUUCUACCAUGCUGUUGGACCUUACAGAGAGAGUGGGUUUUUAUUCAGGUGAUCCUCCAAUUUUCUACAUCAACAAAUUGGGUGAGUUGGUGAGGUAAUACAGAGUGUUGCACCUGAGGAAAGUUAGCAUAGUAAUUACAAAGGGGAUGAAUACUUAUUUAACUUUACAAUUUUGGUUUAUAAUUUUUAGUAAAUCAUUGGCGGGUGUUGGAGUUUUUAUUUUGAUGCAAAAUGUUUUGUAGGUUAGUUCAAAAAUCCUACUUCAAUAUAUUUUAAAUUUAGAAAACAAUACAGUAAAAUGUGAAAUAGUUUUGGGCACUGAGUACUUUUUCAAGACAUAGUAUUCGCAUGUCUGUCUAUAUGCCUUUUAGAUGUUAUCAUUGUAUCUACUUCUAAUACCUUUCUUGGCAGCAUGUUACAGGCACUUACCACUCAAAAAAAUAAGUUUGCCUCACCAAUCUUCUUAAAGCUUUUCCCCUCACCUUAAGAUUAUGCCUUCAAGUAGUUGAUGUUUCCACCCUGAGAAAAAGGUUCUAUCUGCCCUACCUAUGCCCUUUACAAUUUUAUCUACUUCGAUCAGUCUGUCCCUCAGCUUCCAAAGAAAACCAAGUUUAUCUAACCUCUCCUUCCAGCUAAUACUUAACAAUCCAAGGAACGUCCUGAUGAAUCUCUUCUGUGGCAUCUUCAAAGCCACCAUGUUCUUCUUGGUUUGCAAACAGAACUGAACACACAACUCCAAAUGCAACCUAACCAAAGUUUUACACAGCUGCAUCAUGAGUUCCUGACAUUGACACUCAAUAUCCCAACCAGUGAAUGCAAGCAUGCCUAUCCUUACAUUUGUACAGCACAGACAAUCUGUGCUAUCACUAUUUAAAAAAAAACAUGAAAGAUCUCUUCUGAAAAUCUGCAUUAAGGUUCCAGUUUUAGGUGGAGAAUUUAUUUACUAGCUAAAAGUGCACAGCAGAUCAGCAGCUUAAUGGUUUAGCAGCCAUCAAGCCCAGUUAUGAAGAUGACUACCCUGAGAAGAACUAGAAAGAUGCAGUAAUCCCAAGGAGAAUUGAAGAGGAACCUUCAUGAGGUGUUUUGUUUCAGUGUGGGAGAACUUCCGUGACACCCACGCAUUAAAUAUGAAGCUCAAUUUGUAUUUCAAAUUUUCUGUAUUUUUAUUAUCUUUGAUAAAAUAUUUAGUGCCAUUAUUUUCACAAAGACUGAUUUUUAUAAGCUGUUGAUUUCAAGCCCUGUCUGAUGAAGCUGGUGCCUUAAAUGCAAAUUAUUAAAACUAAAACUGAACUGUUUGCAUUAAACUGGACCUCUGGUUAGCCAGCAUUCCUUUUCUCCAUGUGGACAGUCUUUGCUUCCCUCAUUUUCUGUGGGACAUAUAAUUGCAAUAACCUGGUGCAGAUUGAAUCCAGUUGAAACAAAGUUCACAGAGCUGUGAUCUGGGUGGGUUGGGGAGUUCUAGCUUGAAUAGGAAAUAACCAUUGAGUCAAAUUGGUAGUUCGGAUGGUGUGGAGUUCUAGAAUUGACCUGUGCAUUGCACAUCUCUACCCAUAAUGUAGCUAAUGUCCUGGAUAUGUUUGGGAAGAUUUUCUUUUCUUUUACCUAAAUUGUAAAGGCAUCUUUUGGAAAAAACUGUUUUCGUUACUCCACCACCCAUUGUAUCAUAAUGCUAAAAUCUCAGCCUUGUUUAGCAACCACUCUUUGCUGCCCUCGUGGAUCUACUGUCCUGGGCUGAAACCAAAGACUGGCUAACCAGGAGUUUGAGGCUGGCUCUUAACACCAUGCAAUUUGUACUGUUUUUGAAUAUAUUCCACUACAUUGGUAAUUCUGUAUGGGGAAUUCCUGUGAGAAGUUAAGCCUAUCUGGCAGGAGAGUGACACCAAAUAGAAGAAAUACACGAGGCCUUAGAUAAGCAAAAUAGCUCAAUAUAUGUGGAAUUAAAUGAUGAUUCUAGUUAUAAGUAAGUGACAAUCACAUUUAUAAUAAUUUAUUGUACUAUUUGCCAAAAACCUGUAUUGUUGACCAAAAGCAGAGUUGAGAUCCUGUUUCUUACUAGAAUUGGAAGGGAAUCUCCCUGUGGUACUCACUAGGGAAAAGGAAGUAUGUGGAAGAUUUAUUUUGGCAAUGGUUAUUUUCUACUCUUAAUCCAUUUUCCUUUGCCUUUAGUAAAGUGUACCACACCAUGUGCAAUGAUUUCACAUUGUGUAAUUUUUCCUGUGACAGUUGAGGGUGUGGGAUUAUUACUUUGGUUCUUUACACAUAAGCUGAAUGUAGCCCCUGACUUUCACCGCCCCCCCCUACCCCACUGCACCUUCGCAAGUUCAGCACUGCUCCAUUACACAAUGGAGCUGCUCAAUGUUGCAUUGGUGCUGCAGUUGUUUAAACCCACACCACUAAUAACUGAGACAAAGUUUAGCCAGUCCCUUCUAGUAUUGAUAGGACAAUAUAUAAAGGGGCACUUAUCAUUGUGUGUUUUGGCAUCAGUAUAUACUGAGAUCACAUGGUUGUGGAAGGAAAAGAUAGAACUUUUAUUUGUCUCUGUUGGGUGAAGGGUAAUUGUCAAGUCCAUCUUUUCUUGUCCAACCUUAAUUGCCCUCUAGGUAGUUGUGAGCCACCUCCUAGAUCUGCUGCAGUCCAUGUGGUGAAGGCACUGUGCAGUCACAGGUUGCAGGGUCUUGCCACAGUGAAAAUGAAGGAAAGCCAAUCUAAUUCCAGAAUCAUGACUUUGAGUGAUCGAAGGGGAAGGUAGAGGUGUUUCCUUGUGCCUGCUACCAUAAUUGAUGAGUUUUGGAGCUGCUGACUAUGAUGCCAUAGAUUGUCCUUGGAUUGUUUUUUUCACAGUAGUCAGCAUGUGCUAGUGUUGGAGUGAGUGAUUACAGUUGAGAACAGGAUGUCAUUAAUCACCACUUUGCUCUGCGUGAGCUUCCUAAUUAUUGAAGUUCUGGGCAGUUAAGGAGUUUUCCACCGUACACCUGGUUUGUACUUUAAUAGACUGAUGAAACUAAAGGCAGUUUGCUCACUGCAGACGACCCAGCUACUGUAGGUAGUUGGGGUUUCAGCACUAAGAAGAGCCUUGACUUAUUACAAAUUGCAAAGGUCUUUAGUGGAUGUGAGAGGGAAACUAUUGUAAGUUGUGGCAUUUUUCAGUCCUAUUAACUGUUGAUCAAUAUCCUGACAUGACCACUGUCUGGGACAGUGGGUUCAUUUUUCAAGUUACGUUAUUGAAACAACUUGUCUGUAGUUUCUGUGAGCUGGGAACCAAAGAAUAGUUCGAGUCAAGGCUUUUCUCUAAAUUAUUGCACAUUGCACAGGCUUUGGUGAAAUAUGAACAAGAAUUAGUUCCAUCUGCAGUGGUGAAGCAAAUAUUGUGUCAUUGUAAUUCCAUCAGUUUAUUUUUGAUUGCAACAAAACUACCUUUGUUUUCUGAGAGUUUGGUCCUCCUGGAGCAUAAUUUAAAUAGUUAGCUGGCAUUAGGAACUGGUAAAAAAACAGGUUUAUCAAAUUACAAACUAUUUUGACUCAUUGCCAAAUAGCACUGCAGAGCCUCGUUGGUUUGAACCUUUGAGGUACUUCAGGCCCUUGACUCUGACUGUCCACUACGGGUAUUUUUACCUUUCAGUUUUUAACCAUUAUUGUCUUUAAACCUUUGCAACUUCCCACAUUUUUGGGUAAAGCCUAGUGCAAGUUAACCUGAGCCAGAUGUUAAGCCACGUGCACGUCUUCCCCAGUGGGUAACCACAGAUUAAUGGCUGGUGGGUUGAACUGCUGUGCUGCAGGCUGUGGGCCAUGUUUUAACUGCCUUUGCGGAGUGUGUGCCAGUGUUUUCUCUAUUGGGAAGACUUGCAAACUAAUUAACGCUCCUAGUGGCACUUGGUCACUUGCUUCCACCGUAUAUCCAUAUACCAAGGAGAGUUUUAUGGAUUGUCAUCAUCUUUAACAGGAAAUUGGAAUAGAUAGAGCCAUUCGUGAGCUCUGAGUUACAAGUUCCAUUUCCAUUUGCUGGGCUUAUUCCUGUCUUGGAAGCAGGACCAUUUCCACUGGCUACAAUUGUUGAGGAAGACUGAUAAACACUAUAGUUCUAUGUAAACUUUAUACACAAGUUAUGCUAUCAAAAGCUCCUGCACAAUACACAGCUUUUUAUAAAUAACAUGUAAUUCAUCUUUCUAUUCCUCAGCUAAUUGAUAUAGUGAGCAAUUUGACUUGCAUGGCCUGGGAAUACCACUCCCAGGAUUGAGUCUGUAAAUUGAUCUCAGCCAUGGGUUGGGCAUUCACUGUACUUGGAAAAGGAGAAAAAAACAUGAUGGUUUAGGCUUACCAGUUACUCCCACUGGAAAAUGCAUGUUUCCUCAUCAAAGUCGAGCUCAUUUCUGAAAUUCCUCUUUGAUCAUCACCCUGUUCAAGCACCUAAUUUUGAAUGACUACGGUGGACCCAUGCCUGAAUGCUUUGCCAGAUUUAUUAAUUAGGUUGGUGCCCUCAUAGUCAUUUCCAUAGGACCAUAGCAAAUCUAGUUCCUAAUACUGGGAUUUCUUUUGGGGGGAGUGAGUGAAUUUUCAUUCCGGGGGCUGCUAUUACUAUUUAAAAUGUGUAAUUUAUUUAACAAUAGGCAAUGUGAGGGGCAUAUCCACCAACCCUAUCUUUAAACCACAGCUUCCUUGUUCCUCUUAUAGAAUUACUGCUGCAUAGGACAUGGAAUGAACAUUCAGCAGCAGCCUGUGUGUGCUGGUUGCUUUGUACUUGAAACCUGAACUUUCUCUCUGAAACUAGCCCAAGCGUUCAAAUCUGUCAAGUUUGAAAAUUCCAGUCCCCGUAGCUGGCCAUUCGUGUAUUGCAGCACAAGGAGAUAAAAAAUAGGGAGUUGGUAUACAAUCUGAAAUGCAUAAAUUCAGCCUUCAAAAUUCCUAGAUGGUAAGAUGAAUUAGAUUUAAAACUUUCUGAAUUUUGACCUUAUGGUUUGACAUGCUCCUCUGCAAGGGGGGGUGUUUCUCGUCACGGUUGUGAUUUGAAUUCCCAAUUGUUAUAUAGGAGUUGAAUGGCAAGGGAGCUGUAAUUCCAGAUAUAGUUAAAGUAUAACAUUGUAGAGAGAGUGCAAGAUCUACAGCAGCACACCAUGAGCACAUGGCCAGUCUUUCCUGAGCUGCAGUAGCACAAGACUUGUAACAGCCACACAAAAUUACUGAUACUGCUCACUGUGUUGGGUGAAAAUGGGAUGUCACUCUACUUUCGGUGCAUGUUUUCAGUGUCAUUACAAUCAUAUUGUCUUUGUUAAUCUGUGUGUAUUUCCCUUUUUAAAAAUUCACUUUUGAUGUUUGUUUUUGUUUAUAAAUGUAAAUGCAGUUAUCAAUGCAACCUGUAAGGGGACACUCAGAAGUAAAAUGCCAAUUG